GGCUAAUUUUGUUCUCUCACAGAAGGAUAAAACAUGAAGUUUCCUGAAUUGACUGGUGUUCUCCGAGAGACGUGGGCAGUGAUGACUCUGUAUAUAGGUGUUCUUGGUAAUGGUCUAAGUAUGGGAUAUUCAGCAAUAGCUAUACCGGACAUUAAACAAGAGUUACUACAUCAUAGAGAAAAUUCUACAUCCUUCUUUGAUCCAAUUGAAACUUCAAUUGAACAACUUUACUGGUUUGCAAGCAUCCUAAGUAUUGGGCAGCUGUUUGGAUCACUAGGUGGAGGAUUAUGUGCCUCAACAUUUGGACCUAAAAGAACUAUUCUCUUUGCUUCCAUUCCUAACAUUUGUGGAUGGGUGACUAUUGGAUUUUCACAAAGUAUCUACUCCUUAAUUGCUGGGCGACUUAUGGCAGGGUUUGGUUUGUCAAUGUUGUCUGCUAAUUGCAGUAUGCUGGUCUCUCAAUAUAGCUCCAUUUCAAGACGAGGAAUAUUUUUGUCUACUUAUACCCUCAUGGUCAGUUUAGGCAUUUUAGUGAUUUAUGUAAUCGGAGCAAUUCUCAACUGGAGAUUAGCUUGCAUAGUACCAGUUUGUGUUCUUGUUCUUCAUAGCUGUAACCUAGUAUUUAUUCCUGAAUCUCCAGUUUGGUUACUGGGACAUUCAGGUGUUAAGGAAGCAAGAGAAGCAUUACAAUGGCUGAGGGCAACGGAUGAUGUGGAGGUGGAAUUAGACACUCUAAGAAAAGUUCAAGAAAAGCAGGAGAGCGCCCUAUCUUUGUGCGAUGCUUUGAAAAACUUUAGAAAUCCUGAUGUUUACAAACCAGUUUUAAUUGUUGCAUUUAACUUUGUUUUGAUAAAACUGGCUGGACCUGUUGCAAUAGCUUACUAUGCAGUGGAAAUAUUUCAAACUACUGGCGUUGAAGUUGAUAAAUAUUUGGCAGCAAUUAUUAUGGGAGGUGUUAGGGUUUUAGGCGGGGUGUGUGCAAUUUUUCUUGUACACAAGCUUCCCAGAGUCAGACUGGCGUUAAUAAGUGUUGGUUGUAUGGGAAUAUCCAUGGGACUGUUAGGAUUCUCUAUGUAUUGCCAGCAUAUUAGUUAUGAGUUCCCAGGAUUAAGAGUCAUUCCUCUUAUAUCCUUAGUUCUUUACACCUUUAGUUUUGGUUCAGGGGUUGGAUCUCUUAUGUGGGUUUGGGCUGGAGAACUCAUACCUCCUGAAUACAAAGUAUUUGCUGGGCUAACAACAGCUAUAGCCUAUGGAGCUAUAUUUGGUGUGACCCUGAUAUUUCCAACCAUGAUGGCUGUUCUAUAUCCUUAUGGAACUUUCUGGUUUUUUUCCUGUAUGUGUUUCCUGGCUUUUGGACUAUAUGCAACUGUAAUGCCAGAGACUAAAGGAUUGUCUAUUCUACAGAUCAGAGAAUAUUUCAGAAACUCUGGAACACCAAGUUUAUUCUUUAAAAAGAAAGAUAUGCAGUCUUCAGAAUGGACUGGCGCUCUCAGAGAAACCAGGGCAGUAUUGGCACUGUAUAUAGGUGUUCUAGCAAAUGGCAUGAGUAUGGGAUUUUCAGCAAUAGCUAUACCUGACAUUAAACAGGAGAUAAUGUUUAAAGAAAACUCAACAUCAUUGUUUGAUCCAAUUGAAACUUCCAUUGAAGAACUUCAUUGGUUUGCUAGCAUCCUGAAUAUUGGACAGCUGGUUGGGUCAAUCUGUGGAGGAGUAAGUGCAUCAGCAUUUGGUCCAAAAAGAACUAUUCUCUUUGCUGCAAUCCCAAAUAUAUGUGGAUGGGUGACUAUAGGAUUUUCACAAAGUAUCUACUUCCUAAUUGCUGGAAGGCUUAUAACUGGGUUUGGUCUAUCCGUGUUGUCUGCUAAUUGCAGUAUGCUGGUCUCUCAAUACAGCUCUAUUUCUAGACGAGGAAUAUUUUUAUCCACAUACACCCUUAUAGUCAGUUCAGGCAUUUUAGUGAUGUAUAUACUAGGAUCUGGUCUCAACUGGAGAUUUGUCUGUAUUGUACCUGUUAGCAUUCUCAUACUACAAAGUUGUAACCUAGUAUUUAUUCCUGAAUCUCCAGUUUGGUUACUGGGACACUCAGGUGUUAAGGAAGCUAGAGAAGCAUUACAGUGGCUGAGGGCAACGGAUGAUGUGGAGGUGGAGCUAGAUAAUCUCAGAAAAGUUCAAGAGAAGCAGGAGAGCGCUUUAUCUUUAUGUGAUGCAUUAAAAAACUUCACGCAUCCCGAUGUUUACAAACCAGUUUUGAUUGUUACAUUCAACUUUGUUCUGAUCAUUCUUGCUGGACCUGUUGCAAUUGUGUUCUAUGCAGUGGAAAUUUUUCAAACUACUGGCGUUGAAAUUGACAAAUAUUUAGCAGCAAUUAUCAUGGGAGCUGUGCGAGUUCUAGGAGGCAUAUGUGCAAUUUUUCUAGUUCACAGGCUUCCACGAGUAAGAUUAGCCAUGAUUAGUGUUGGUUGUAUGGGAAUAUCUAUGGGACUGUUAGGCUUUUCCAUGUAUUGUCAAGAUGUUGAUUAUGAGUUUCCUGGAUUAAGAAUUAUACCUCUUAUAUCUAUAAUUCUGUACACAUUGAGUUAUGGUUCAGGAGUUGGAUCUCUGAUGUGGGUUUGGGCUGGAGAACUCAUACCUCCGGAGUACAAAGUAUUUGCUGGGAUAGCUGCUUCAAUUGCUACUGGUGCUAUUUUUGGUGUGACUCUGAUAUUUCCAACUUUAAUGACUGUUCUACGCCCGCACGGAACUUUCUGGUUGUUCUCCGGCAUGUGUUUCUUAGCUUGUGGACUCUACGCAACUAUUAUGCCUGAAACUAAAGGGCUGUCUAUUCUCCAAAUCAGGGAGCUUUUCAGAAACUUGGAGAAAUCAAAACCUUAAAUCAAAAUUUUCAACAAAAACUUAAAUACCUGUAUUUAUCAUAUUUAAUUUUGUUGAUAAAUUUUGUAUAUUAAUAUUUAAUUAUAAACUGAUGUCAUAGGUCAAGUUCUUUUGACAUUAGAAUGCAUACAUGGACGAAUUUAAAUCAUUUCAUAUUAUGAAGAAUUUAGACUGGAUGCAAUUAACAUAACAUUUAUUAAGUUGAUUUCCAUAUUAUCUCUAUUAAUUAAUGAUUUGUCUAGCUGGUGUAUUGAUUCCUGCAGAUAUUGACAAUGUUAUAUAGAGCUAAUCUGACAUACCAGAACAACAUUAAGAUAGAUCAACAUACAACAUAUAUUACACAUUUAUAUUUAUCUAAGAAAAGGGGGAUUAAGCUAAUGACGUAAUUCGAAUAUCAAUAUUAUUCUUACUGUACUGAUGAUUCCUUCGAAACAAAAAUAGCUCUGUAAAGAUAUUAUUUAGUAACCCAUAACCGAAAUAAAAUACCUAGAUCAAAUUUCGAAAUAUUGUAGGUGACCAACCGCUUCAUUCUUAAUUCCAACCAGCAAUGAAGUUUUGUGAAUUUCUCAAAAAGUUUCACAAAUAUUCCUGAAAAAAUUGCUCUGCCUUAUGAUCGUUCUACCUUAUGAUUGUUCUACCUUAUGAUUGUUUUACCUCAUGAUCGUUCUACCUUAUGAUCGUUCUACCUUAUGAUCGUUCUACCUUAUGAUCGUUUUACCUGAUGAUUGUUCUACCUUAUGAUCGUUCUACCUUAUGAUAGUUCUACCUUAUGAUCGUUCUACCUUAUGACCGUUCUACCUUAUGAUAGUUCUACCUUAUGAUCGUUCUACCUUAUGAUCGUUCUACCUUAUGAUCGUUCUGCCUCUUGUCAUUCAUACCUUUUGUACUAGAGCCCCUAUUUCAGAAUCUAAUCAUUAAUUCCUAUCUCAAAAUUAUUAUUGUAUUGAAAGAAUAGAUUAUAAUUCCUUCUUCUAAACUAGCUAAAGAUAAAAGCUAAUUUUAGUUUUAAAAUGUACAUGUCUGGGUCUACAAAAAAGUAUAGUUGGUGGAAGGUUGAACCAAACCAGAUUAGAAAUAAACGACGGGGACCACUUCUUCAGUAAAUAUAUUUCGACAUUUCCUUGAUGUCCUCAUCAGUACUAUAGGUUGGGGAGACACUGGUCAAAAAGGUAUAUGUAAUUUAUUAAGGUCAAGGCUUUGCGACACUUAUAAAGUCGACCCGGUCAUAAAAAUUGGUAAUACUUUUCAUAAAUGUUACUUGCCACAUACUCUAAUUUUUUAUCCCUUUAUCUUUGAAACUUUAAUAUUUGUGUACGUGGUAAAUGAACGGGUAACUGGUCCUUACCACAAACUAUUCCAAUUCCUACAUCUUAGCA